CCCCCGAGUGCGCCUGCGCGGAGCUCGUGGCCGCGCCUGCUCCCGCCGGGGGCUCCUUGCUCUGCCGGGCCGCGGCCAUGGGAGAGGCCGAGGUGGGCGGCGGGGGCGCCGCCGGCGACAAGGGCCCGGGGGAGGCGGCCACCAGCCCGGCGGAGGAGACAGUGGUGUGGAGCCCCGAGGUGGAGGUGUGCCUCUUCCACGCCAUGCUGGGCCACAAGCCCGUCGGUGUGAACCGACACUUCCACAUGAUUUGUAUUCGGGACAAGUUCAGCCAGAACAUCGGGCGGCAGGUCCCAUCCAAGGUCAUCUGGGACCAUCUGAGCACCAUGUACGACAUGCAGGCGCUGCACGAGUCUGAGAUUCUUCCAUUCCCGAAUCCAGAGAGGAACUUCGUCCUUCCAGAAGAGAUCAUUCAGGAGGUCCGAGAAGGAAAAGUGAUGAUAGAAGAGGAGAUGAAAGAGGAGAUGAAGGAAGACGUGGACCCCCACAAUGGGGCUGACGAUGUUUUUUCAUCUUCAGGGAGUUUGGGGAAAGCAUCAGAAAAAUCCAGCAAAGACAAAGAGAAGAACUCCUCAGACUUGGGGUGCAAAGAAGGCGCAGACAAGCGGAAGCGCAGCCGGGUCACUGACAAAGUCCUGACCGCAAACAGUAACCCCUCCAGUCCCAGCGCUGCCAAGCGGCGCCGCACGUAGGCCCUCAGCCCUGGCGGCGGCAGAGAAGCGGGCGAGGCACUGUGGUCGCUGAGGGGGUUGGCUGGGUCUGAGUGCCACCCCCCAGGCCACAGUGAUACCAUCCCAGUGCCAUGAGCCCACACUGCCCGCCCUCAGGCUCUCAGGUGAACGUGGCCGUCAGCGGGGAAACGUGUGUGUCAGUUGGACCAUGUGGGACCCUGAUGGACCUGAAAGACCAGGAUCAGUCCAGCUCAGAUAUUGAGGGCUCUGAAGCCUCGUUCUGUCUUCUCUGGAGCAGCUGUGGCUUCCCCGUGGCUGCUUGGUGACAUGGAUUAGCGCUACGUGGGCUGCAGCAUUUGGGAUCCAGGCUACCUAGAGGGGCAUCGGGCCAGGGGAAAACCUCGGAUUAGCAAGCAAUAAAAACAUGACCUCACUCUUCCUCAAAGGAGCCACUGGUCUUCCCUGCGUGACUCAGUUCUUUCCAUCUGUUUGUCCCGCUGCAAGCCUCUUUCUGCGCUGACUGUGACAUCAGAACGUGGCCUUCCUGUCACCCCCUCCGUGCCACGCACUGAAGGCCACCCCCCCCACCUGGGAAACUAAGAACUGGAUAUUUUGCCUCAUUCACUUGUACUGUAACAAUGUAUAUAAUUUGGUUGGUAUUUCACUAUUUAAUUUUUAAGAAGCCUAUUUUACUAGUGUUUUAUAUGAACAAAGUACUGCAGAAGUUAAACCUGUGUUGUAUUUUUUCUGAGAUGUUUUGCUUUAAGAGAUACUUUUUGCUCAGUUUUUAUAUGCCAGAUACAGAGAAUUUGUAGCGGUUAUUUUUGUAUGAUCUAGUAACUUGCAAACAGACCAAAUGGGUGAGAGGCGGGGACCGUGCAGCUGUCGGCUGAUGAGGAGGCGGCCGCCCCAGUGCUGAUGGAGAUGCCACUUUUGUGUGACUGCGAACAUUAAAGCACAAAAAAAUCCAA